GGUGGAUGUGGAGGUGCUGUUUGUGGUAGUGAUUAAAAGAGCAUGUAGAUGUUGGUUGUGUUGUAGCAAUGCAUAUAGGCAUGUGUCGCGCUCUGACGCCACGUUCUUCUCGUUUAUAACUUACGUCGAGAACUACAUCAGCAACACGGCAUCUCAAUCCUUGCCCAACAUGUUCAUUAUUCUAAAUAUCUGCCUUCUCUAUCCCUACUAGCGAACGCCUGAUUGUUUUGGCGUCUGGACGUUUGAAAUGCUCCUAUGGAACUCCUGGGGUGUUACAUAUGUACAAGACACCAAGACCAGACUAGUCCCAAAACAGCUAUAUAGCUAUACACCCCCGCUCCCUAUCCAUCCAUCUAUCCGCCCAUAUAAAAACCUACACCCAAACUUGACCACAAACAAACCAAAACAAACAACCUCCAUCCCAACCCAUCACCACAAACCUCCCGAAAAAAACAUGCAAUGCGCAGAGUCGUCAUCACAGGCCUCGGCGCAGUAACACCCCUCGGCGUCGGCAUAACCCACACCUGGCCACGCCUCCUCCGCAGCAAAAGCGGCGUCCUCUCCACGCACGCCCUCGGCCCCAAGUUCAGCGCCCUGCCAAGCCAAGUCGCAGGCCUCGUUCCCGCGGGCCGCAAGGACGACGGUGGAUGGACGGCGGACGAGUGGGUUGUGACGGCGGGGGAGCGGCGGCGGAUGGCGCUGUUUGCGCAGUAUGGGAUGGCGGCGAGUGAGAUGGCGAUGCGGGAUGCGGGGUGGGUGCCGUGGCGGGAGGGGGAUUUGGCUGCUACGGGCGUUUGUUUGGGGUCUGGGAUUGGGAGUUUUGAGGAUGUGUAUGAGACUAGUGUGGCGUUUGAGAAGGGGGGGUAUCAUAAGGUGUCGCCGUUGUUUGUGCCGCGACUGCUGAUUAAUUUGGCGGCUGGGCAUGUUUCGAUGAGGUAUGGCUUGAGGGGACCGAAUCAUGCGGUGACGACGGCGUGCACGACUGGUGCACAUUGUAUUGGCGAUGCGGCGCGCUUGAUCAGUUAUGGCGAUGCAGAUGUUAUGAUAGCUGGGGGUGCGGAGUCUUGCAUUCAUCCCUUGGCGAUAGCAGGCUUUGCGCGCGCGAGGAGUCUGGCUACGGACUGGAACGACCGUCCGAGUGAGGCGUCCAGGCCUUUUGACAAAGACCGCGCUGGCUUUGUGAUAGGGGAAGGGGCUGGCGUGAUGGUUCUCGAAGAGUUAGAACACGCAAAAGCACGAGGUGCAAGAGUCUAUGCUGAGCUGAAAGGCUAUGGACUGUCCUCAGAUGCAUACCACAUGACCGCACCGCGUGCGGAUGGCGAUGGUCCCCUUCUGGCCAUGAAGGCAGCGCUGAGAAAUGCCAGCAUCACUCCUGAGGCUGUCGACUACGUCAACGCCCACGCAACGUCUACCAAACUAGGCGAUGCCGCAGAGAACAGAGCUAUCAAGAACCUGCUCCUCGGCGAACAUGGCAAGCGAAACGCCUCUGCCAUCAACAUCAGCAGCACAAAAGGGGCUAUUGGACACCUGCUCGGAGCCGCGGGAGCUGUGGAAGCAAUCUUCUCUGUGCUCGCCAUACACGAGAAUACACUCCCACCCACACUUAAUCUGGAUACCAUCGACGCAGAGGAGGGAUUCGACUGCAACUAUGUCCCGAAUGAGGCCCAGCAGCACAAGGUUGAUGUAGCACUCACCAACAGCUUUGGCUUUGGAGGGACAAAUGCCAGUCUGUGUUUCAGUAGAUACCAAUGAAUUCCAAACACUCAUACUUGUUCC